CACCAAGUCUCACAAGUCUUGUAAAUAAGAAGGAGCAAUUUAAGUUGUGUGGCGAUACUCGUUCCGUUUUGAACUCAGACGAUUACAAGUUGAUGUUCCGUGGUUAAAAAUCAGCGCUAAUGGAACUGGAGCUGAAAAGCUUAUAAACUGAACGAGAUUGUUUGUGUGAAAAGAAUACAGCAUGACAGUUCAUUCUGUUACAAACCUCCUUUUGUCUAUGUUGGUGUUGUUUUUUAUGCAGAUAAAGGCAGAAUGGAAUACGAAAGAUUAUAUGAAGAGAGAACAUUCUUUAAUAAAACCAUAUCAAGGUGCUGGAAUGACGAUACCAUACUGGGAUUUUAUGGGCAGUACGAUAGUGACGAACAAUUACGUUCGGCUCACACCAGAUUCUCAGAGCAAACAAGGAUUGUUGUGGAAUUCCGUGCCUUGCAAUGCUCGUAAUUGGCAGUUACAAGUACACUUUAAGGUGCAUGGAAAAGGCAAAGAACUUUAUGGAGAUGGAUUUGCUAUCUGGUAUGCAAAGGAUCGUAUGGUUCCUGGUCUAGUGUUUGGCAAUAUGGAUUAUUUUCAAGGAUUGGCAGUAAUUCUUGACACCUACAGCAACCAUAAUGGUCCACACAAUCACCAACACCCAUAUGUUUCAGCGAUGGUAAACAAUGGGUCAUUGCAUUAUGAUCAUGAUCGAGAUGGCACGCAUACACAGCUAGCAGGUUGCGAGGCAAAGUUCCGUAAUCUGGACCAUGACUCACACAUUUCCAUUCGCUAUGAAAGGGAUGUUCUGACUGUCUCGACUGAUAUUGAGAACAAGGCAGCUUGGAAGGAGUGCCUGUCUGUCCAUGGAGUUCGGUUGCCAACGGGUUAUUAUUUUGGCAUAACUGCAGCAACAGGUGAUCUCUCAGACAUUCACGAUAUCAUGUCUGUCAGGCUGUUUGAAUUAGAUUUACCAGAUGAUCCAAAAGAGGAAGAGGAUCGCUCCCAGAUAUCUCCAUCAGCAGCAUUUUUUGAAUCACCAAGAGAUCAUGUGGAUGAUCCAAAGCCAUCGUCACUAAGUGGAAUUAAGAUUUUCUUGUUGAUGUUAGUUGGAGCACUUGCUGUAAUUGCUUGUGUUGUCAUUGGAAUCAUGUUCUACCAAAAACACCAAGAAAAUUCCCGCAAAAGAUUUUAUUGAGGAUUGAAUAUCUGAAUAUAAAGGUGGUAUAAAUCUGUUUCUCAGAAUUUUGUAUUGUAAGGUUAUCAAAAUAUGAUAUACCUGUAAUAUCUCUGAUUGUGGAAAUGGGUUUUUUGGUGGCAAAGAAACAAGUGCACUUCAUUUUUAUUUUUAUUUGUGACAUUUAUGUACUCAUUGAGGCAUUUUCAUUAUACUCUCUGAGCUUCUGUUGUCAUUUACAAAUUGUGUCAUGUCUGUCAUGAUUACAUAGGAGAUUUUAAUUAGAAAUUUCUUAACCAUAUCAAGAUACGUUUUUUUUUAUGAGUCAGCACUGCCAGGCUUGAUUUUAGUAGCACUGUGUGGUUUUUCUCUGAUUUACUUAAAAUUAAUAGCAAAAUGCUGGAAAUUAUUAACUUUUGCAUAUCAGUAGUCCUUGAAAUAUGAGACUGCACAAGAUUUAAAAUUGCACCUUGUAAUGAAAGUGUGAUUAAGUGAUAGAAGGUGAUGAUGUUUUGUAUUUUAUUGUAUGUUAUAUAGCAUAAGAGUGUUUCUUCUUAAUGUUGACCAAAUGCUUCCAUUGUGUUUCGUGUAGGCCAGAUGCAACUUGUUAAUGGUGACGGAAGAUUUGAUCAAAUUAUUCCCACAAAUGCAGUCUUCUUUGCUCAGAAUAUUAGUAAUGUGUAGAGGAUGCCAUAUUGUUUUAUUCAAAAAGGUGGCAUGUUUCCUGUCAUCGUAUCUGAAACCUGCUGUCCACUAAGCAUUUGUGUAGCUCGAGCUUUUGUGCCAAAUAUGAAGUUUGCAAGUUCUGUAUGAGCUACUAGCAUAUACCAAAAAAAUGGUCUUUCAUUCUUUCAUGCAUACCAAUAUUAAUAUGAAUAUAUCUUUGCCAUAUAAUAUGUAUCCAAAUUACAUCUGUUGGAGUCUGUUGUAUAAAGUUUGUGUACUGACUGGAUUAUUAUUGUAUUUAUACAACAUUUAAACUCUGUAAUGUAAUAAUUUUUUGGUUUCAGUGUUGUGUUGGAAAUAUAAAAUACUUUCAGUGUUAUAGUAGAAAUUAUGAUAUACGUGAUUUAUUCAACUUCUUUGUACAUUUGUAUACAUUAUUAAAUACAGUACACUUUGUUAUAAAUAGUGUUACAGUUUGGUGUUUGUAUAAGAUAGAAAGUGUGUGCGUGUGUGCAUUUGUGUUUCACUGAGUAAUUCUAAGUACCUAAUAACAUAUUUUCUGAAUAUUUAGGAUACCAAUUUGACAGCGUUGAAAGCAGUGAGUAGAGAUUUAAGGCACAAGAUUGAGGUUAACAGUGGUGAAGAGAACAAAGUUUGUGAAUGUUGCUGAUCGUUGAAUGAUAUAUUGCAUAAUUACUUGAAAUGUCUUUGUUCUUUUGUUUGAUGUGCAUUUUUUCACACAACUCUUUAUGUCAGUUAAAAAUAUUAGUACUAUAUUUUCCAAUGUAUAAUACAUGUCUCAUCACUGCUGUUCAGCUUGCAGUCACUUCAGUCCUCGAGUAAGAGUAAUUACCUGUUCCAAACGUAGAUGAUAAGGGCAUCGGUAUAGUUGAUAGCUUGCGUGGAGGAUGGAGAAAGUAUUGAACAUUGUAGGUAUACAUUAUGUACAUGAGGACUUUUGU